AUUAUCACAUUUUUCACAACAAAAACACAAUUCAUUCAAACAAUCACUUCAUUUGAUCCCAAGAUAUGGCACAACAGAUGAAACGCAAGAAGACAUCACUCGAGACCACAGAUGACGGCAAUGAAGGCGAAGACACACAACAGCCUAAGAUUUACGCGAAGAACUCUUUGGACAGAUUCGGUGAUGACUUGUAUGAAGUAUUGUUGUCUCAUCUCUUACUUGAAGACCGAUUCCGUUGCGAAUGUGUAUCCAAACAGUUCCAGAGGACAGUCUUCGGGAGUGUUGUGGACAUCACUCUUAGCGAUGACUUUAUACAGAAAUUACUGAAUGCGAAGAGAAGUGACGUUCAAAUGUUGGCCACAAUUGCCAUAAAGUGUGUAAACAUUGAGUGCAUUGACUGCCGAGGAAUACGCAUUAUAUAUGACGAACACAUUCCCGAAGUGUUGAACACAUUUCGAGACAAUUGCCGGCAUUUAAGAGAAAUCUAUUGUGAUUUGACGCCAAAUAAUGCGCAAACAAUGCCAUCGUUUGGACCACUGGUCACACGAAUCGGUGGUAUUAACUGCUAUGAAGACAGUGAAGCGCUCACUCAUUGCCACCGAUUGUCACAAUUAAGUAUCAAAUCAUUUCACGACAUCACAGACUAUACAAACGAUACACUGUUUGGCAAUAAUUUGUAUAAAUUGGUGUUGAGAUCGCAUUCAGGCUUAUUUAACCGCCGAUUGUCUGCAUUCGUGCCACAGAAUCAAUCGCUCCAGAGUUUGGUCUUAAUAUCAUCUUAUUUUGAAGAUUCUGUGGCUUUGACCGAAAUGUGUGUCCAAUUGUCACGAUUACCACAAUUACGGGAACUGACACUCGGUUUGGUAUCGGGUCUACCGAACGGUCCCAACUCUUUAGUGGUGAACCAGUGUUUGCGUACAAUUGGUGUGAAUUGUAAACAAUUGCAACGAUUAUCAGUGAAAUUGAAUUCACGUCUCAUCGAGAAUGGUGUCGACCCCUUACUCCCGACAUCAUUGGAUUCGUUCAGAUUUUAUUCACGAUUAAAGCGAUUAGAUUUAAGGCUAUCGGCGGCCGUCGAUGACCGGCUGUUGGAUCCGUUGCGACACUGCAAGAGAUUAACGCAUUUAGAGCUGUGUUUACUGCAAAUGACAGCAAAUGUGUUGAAAGAUAUGCACAUUAAGUGUCCGCGACUUCAAUACCUAGUCAUUCAUGGCUUUCAUAACACGAUAGACACCGAGUUUUUGUCUCACAUCUCAAGACUACCGGCGCUGCAAAUGCUUGUCAUUGAAUACAAUGGCAUCGACCGCCUCUCAGAUAAUGAUUUCUGGGAUCAGUUGCGCAAAAGUCCUAAACUAAAGGACAUUGAAAUGCGUUCAAGAAAUGGCUCAAAGUUUUAUUCAAAGUAA